AAAAAAAAAAUUUAAAAAUAGGGAAAGACAAUCUCCCGAAACCAAUCCAAAUCCAAAUCCAGAUCAAAAUGAAUGAGUGAAAUGAGUUGAAGCUUAAGCUUUCCAAAGAAAGCCCAACUGUGGUGAUCCAAUCCUUGAGAAAAAGAACAGGUUCUGCAAAGUGCAAAGCGUUGAGUUGAAAUCGGCGUCUGUUCCACACAUAAACGCAAAUAUAUAUAAAUGUUUAAAUCCAACCAACCAACAACAACAAACAUCAACUCACGCCUUUCUUAUCUCUCUUCUUUUCUUUCUCGAGAAUUUCAUUUUUUCUUUUCUAAUUUUUCCAACCAAACAUCAUGAUAUUGUUGUUGUUAUUCUACCAGUAAACCCACACGAAGACCCACCAGGUCCUGGUCUACUCUUACUUCACUUCACUGUUUUUUGUUGGUGAAGAUGGAUUUUGAUCAGACCCGCUUGGUUGGAGACUACGUAUUGGGACGCAGAAUCGGCUCGGGUUCUUUCGCCGUCGUUUGGCGGUCCUGGCACCGGCAAUCAGGUCGACGAGUUGCAGUCAAAGAGAUUGACAAGAAAUUGCUUAGUCCAAAAGUCAGUGAGAAUUUGCUCAAAGAAAUUUCCAUUCUCAGCACUAUCGAUCACCCCAACAUUAUUCGCCUUUUCGAGUCCAUUGAGACUGAGGAUAGGAUAUUUCUUGUACUGGAGUACUGCGAUGGAGGUGAUCUUGCGGCCUAUAUUCAUCGUCAUGGGAAAGUAUCGGAGGCUGUCGCGAGGCACUUUAUGAAGCAAUUGGCUGCUGGGUUGCAAAUUCUUCAAGAAAAACACCUCAUUCAUAGGGACUUGAAACCACAGAACUUGCUCUUGUCAUCAAAUGAAGCAACUCCACAGUUGAAGAUAGGAGAUUUUGGAUUUGCCAGGUCUUUGAUGGCACAAGAUUUGGCUGAUACACUGUGUGGUUCACCGUUAUACAUGGCUCCAGAAAUUAUUCAGAACCAAAAGUAUGAUGCAAAGGCUGACUUGUGGAGUGUUGGAGCAAUUUUGUUCCAGCUGGUGACGGGCAAGCCACCAUUUAAUGGCAAUACUCAAUAUCAGCUUUUUCAGAACAUUUUGACAUCCACUGAGCUGCAAUUUCCACAUGGUGCUUUAGAGGAGUUACAUCCAGAUUGUGUGGAAUUGUGCAAAAGCCUUUUACGCCAAAAUCCAGUCAUGCGAUUGACAUUCAAGGAGUUCUUCAAUCACAAGUUCCUGGGGGACCCAAGCAGUAUUGUGCAUGGAAAAGUUCAUGGCUGUAUGUUUGGCACCAACAGUGCUCAUGGGUCUGUACCAAAUAUUGCACAUGAUAGGACAAGUAUUGCACAUGAUAGGACAAGGGAAUCAGUUGAUGAAAGCCAAUGUUCGUCAUAUCAGCCUGGAGUCACUGAUUCAAUGGAUUCCAUUGAGAAAGAUUAUGUUCUUGUCAAUCAUCAUAUUGCUUCAGUGGAGAAUCUCUCCUAUUUAACUGAGGCAUCCCUGCAAGAUAACUCUGCAACUAGAGUUUCUGUUUGUCCAUCAAAGAAGAAUGAUCAGGAUAUAGCAGUUACCAUGCAAACUAAGCAGCAUGUUGCUAGCUCUGUUGGUAGUGCAGAAAAUAGUGCGGUCCAUAGAUCAGGUCCGUUGGAUACAUCAUGUUCAUCAACCAUAUUAAGUGAAGUGAAAGAGCAAUCCAUGCUGCAUCCCUCAACUAGGCUCCACUUGUUACAUCAGUAUGUACAAGCUGUUGCCGAUAUAGCCCAGGAAAAGUACAACGCAGGACUAUUUCUGGAAUCAUUUUCAGUUGAACUUCUUGUUUUGGCCAUAUGGAAGAAAGCUCUUCAAAUUUGCAGCUCCUGGCUGGCCUCAACUGCAGGAAGUAAAUUGCCUGAGAGCAGUUCGGCUAGUGAAUCUACUUCUGUUUGUAGUGGCAUGAGAGACAACAUAAAUUUUGAUAGCCCUUCAUCUGCCUGCAAGUGGGCAGAACAAGAGUUUGUUGCUGCAUACGAUCGUGCAGAGAAGUUAUCAGAUCACAUUCAAGAGAUGGAUGCUGCUGCUGAAAUGCCUGAUGCCAUGGAAAUAAUAUUCCAGAAAGCUCUAGCUUUUGGAACGAGUGGUGCUGUAGAUGAGUAUAUGGAGAACAAGGGAAGUGCAACAAUAUCAUACUCCAAAGCAAUGAUUCUUCUUUCCUUUGUUGUUGAAGAAGCAGCUUCUCUACCUCUAAAACCUCCAUUUCUACUGACUCCUGCCAAUAAGAAAAGAAUACAAAGCUACAUAACAAAUUUGCAGUCCCAUCAGUCUCACUUCUAACAAAGCAGCCAUUUUCUAUACAACUCCCCUGGUGUACAGGUGUUUUGAGAAAAGACCUUUUUCUGUUGCUGGUACAGUCCCUGGAAAUCAAGGUCAGAUUUGACGUGCAAUUUUGAACUUCGCAUGUUGAAGUGGGUACGCAGUGAUCAGUUAACAUGACUGGGGGAAUACUAUAAUAUGUACUGGAUGUAUGGAUUUGUACAUGUCUGACCCUUGGCAUCCAGACUAUGAUUACAUCUGCUUGAAAACUGUCUGUCUUUUUAAUAGUAUUAUAAAGAACCAUAAAGAUGAAUGCCCAUUGUAACUUAUAAAACCUUUUUCUAUGUCAAGUUAAAUGAUAAAUAAGCUUCUUUA